CCCACAAUGCGCUUUCUUUCCGUUUUGGCAGUAUUUCUGUCGACGUGGGAAACAGGAGCCGAAUACACAGACGCACACACAUUUACGGGCUCGGAGACACAAUUACACACAAACACACUCAGUGACAUGCGAGACACAUGCGAGCGCCGAAAUGUGGCUCAAACCGGAAGAGGUGCUUUUAAAAAAUGCGCUGAAACUAUGGGUGACUGAAAAGUCCAAUGAUUAUUUCAUCCUGCAGCGGAGGAGAGGCCACGGAGACAGCAGUGUGGGACUGACAGGUCUCCUGGUUGGGACGUUGGACACAGUGUUUGACUCCACUGCAAAAGUGGCACCAUAUCGCAUUUUACACCAAACACCUGAUUCACAGGUAUACUGGAACAUCGCCUGUGGUGCAUCCCAUGAAGAGAUUUCUCAGCACUGGGACUGGCUGCAGCUCAACAUUAUGAGAACUCUCUCUGUGUUUGACUCUGGUGAUGACAUCACAAGCUUCGUUCAGGGCAAGAUUAGAGGGUUAAUUGUGGAGGAGGACAAGGUGAGUGCGGAGGACCCUGUGCGUUUCCGUGAGGCUGCGCUUCGAUUCGAGCGCUUGUUCAGUUUGCCAAAGAAGGAAAAACUAGUGACCUACUUCUCCUGCAGCUACUGGAAGGGCCGCGUUCCAAAUCAGGGCUGGAUCUACCUCAGCACUAACUUCCUGUGUUUCUACUCUUACCUACUAGGCAAUGAGGGUAAGACAAACACACACACACACACACAUCCACAUUUACAGCAUUUAGCAGAUGCCCUUGUCCAGAGCGACGUACAGAAGUGCUGAAGUCUCUACCAUUGUAUACAUUAACUCUGGGUCACUAGGUUACAUACUUAAGAUCCCAUGAGUUUAAAACAUUGUCCAAGGUUGUUUUUUUAUGCAACACAUAUGCAACAAACAAGGAAGGAAGUGCUAGUUGAAGUGUGUCAUAAUAAGAAACGUCAUUUGAAAAUAUCCAGUGACUCAGCUGUCCAGGACCCCUAGGGGAAGUUCAUGCCACCACCUUGGUGCAGAACAGAGAAGUCUUGUUGUAUACUUGCCUCUUACUGAGAGACGGUGAAACCAGUUCGAGCAGUGAUGGUAGAUCUGAGUGGAGAGUCUGCGUGGAGCAGAUGUCACUCCCCUCCAUGUUACCUGAUAUGAGCGUCCUUCCAGGU